GUAAAAUUGUCCCAUUUGUUGAACUGACAGUGGCUCAUGGCUCUAUCUUUACCAUCCUUGCCAUCAGCUUUGAACGUUAUUACGCCAUAUGCAAGCCCCUCCGAGCUGGGUACACGUGCACCAAAAUGAGAGCUUUAGUGAUCAUUGUGAGCGUGUGGAUGGUGGCACUGCUGAUCACCAGCCCAAUUCUAGCCAUUGCUGAGUAUAGUUAUAUGGAUUAUAUCGACGAUACUAAGGUUCCGGUGUGCUUGACGGUAGCGCAAACAGUUUGGAAAAAGGCUUACUUCAUUUUUAUCACCACUCUAUUUUUCUGGCUACCACUGGUUGUGCUUUUGGUCGUCUAUGGAGUCAUAACAAAACAGCUGAUAAUGGACAGGCAGAUGCUUCACUCAGGUAGUGAUCACUAUCAGAUGCGUGCAAGGAAGCAAGUAGUUUGGAUGUUGGUUGCUGUGGUAACAUGUUUCUUUCUUUGCCUGAUGCCCUUCAGGACCUUCACUAUGUGGGUGAUUGUCGUGCCAGCGGACAGAGUAAAGGCUUUAGGCAUGGAGAAAUAUUAUAUUGUCCUGUAUUUUUGUCGUGUAAUGCUGUAUUUAAACUCUGCUGUCAACCCUAUUCUAUAUAACCUUAUCUCUUCCAAGUUCAGGGACGCUUUCAUCAAUUUGCUGACAUGUAAAUACCAAAGACGUAUCUUACGGCAAGCAACCUUCACGACUACAAGCACCUCUUUGAGUCAACAUACCAGCUUGAAAGGACGUUCAUCAAACGUUCACAGCUGUUACUUACCCAGAUCGUGUGUUGUCAAGGCACAUCCUUGUGUGGAAACAUACGUCUAAUAUUAAAUAUUUCUUUUGAGCA